AUGCCCCUGUCCCUGGGAGCCGAGAUGUGGGGGCCUGAAGCCUGGCUGCUGCUGCUGCUGCUCCUGGCAUCAUUCACAGGUCGAUGCCGGGCGGGAGAGCUGGAGACCUCAGACCUAGUGACCGUGGUGCUGGGCCAGGAUGCAAACCUGCCCUGCAUCUACAGAGGGGACCCUGACGAGCAGGUGGCACAGGUGGCGUGGGCUCGGGUGGACGCAAACGAGGCCGCUGGGGAGCUGGCGCUGCUGCACUCCAAGUAUGGGCUACACGUGAGCUCGGCCUACGAGGGCCGCGUGGAACAACCGCCACCCCCACGGGACCCGCUGGAUGGCUCGGUGCUCCUGCGCAACGCUGUACAAGCGGACGAGGGCGAGUACGAGUGUCGCGUGAGCACUUUCCCCGCGGGCAGCUUCCAGGCGCGACUGCGGCUUCGUGUGCUGGUACCUCCCCUGCCCUCACUGAACCCUGGCCCACCGCUGGAAGAGGGUCAGGGCCUGACAUUGGCAGCCUCCUGCACAGCUGAGGGCAGCCCAGCCCCCAGUGUGACCUGGGACACAGAGGUCAAAGGCACAGCAUCCAGCCGCUCCUUCAAGCACUCUCGCUCAGCCGCUGUCACGUCAGAGUUCCACCUGGUGCCUAGUCGCAGCAUGAACGGGCAACCACUGACCUGCGUGGUAUCCCACCCUGGCCUGCUCCAGGACCAAAGGAUCACCCACACCCUCCAAGUGGCCUUCCUGGCAGAGGCCUCUGUACGGGGCCUGGAGGACCAAAAGCUGUGGCAUGUUGGCAGAGAGGGCGCUAUGCUCAAGUGCCUGAGUGAGGGGCAGCCGCCUCCCUCAUACAACUGGACACGGCUGGAUGGGCCUCUACCCACUGGAGCGCGAGUGGAAGGGGGCACUCUGGGCUUUCCCCCACUGACCACUGAGCACAGUGGCAUCUACGUCUGCCGCGUCAGCAAUGAGCUUUCCUCCAGGGAUUCGCAGGUCACCGUGGAUGUUCUUGACCCCGAGGACCCCGGGAAGCAGGUGGAUCUGGUGUCGGCCUCGGUGGUGGUGGUGGGUGUGAUCGCCGCGCUCCUCUUCUGCCUCCUGGUGGUGGUGGUGGUGCUCAUGUCCAGAUACCACCGGCGCAAGGCCCAGCAGAUGACCCAGAAGUAUGAGGAGGAGCUGACCCUGACCAGGGAGAACUCCAUCCGCAGGCUGCAUUCCCAUCACUCGGACCCCAGGAAUCAGCCGGAGGAGAGUGUAGGGCUGAGAGCCGAGGGCCACCCUGAUAGUCUCAAGGACAACAGUAGCUGCUCUGUGAUGAGCGAAGAGCCAGAGGGCCGCAGUUACUCCACACUGACCACAGUGAGGGAGAUCGAAACACAGACUGAACUGCUGUCUCCAGGAUCUGGGCGGGUAGAGGAAGAGGAAGACCAGGAUGAAGGCAUCAAACAGGCCAUGAACCACUUUGUUCAAGAGAAUGGGACCCUCCGGGCCAAGCCCACAGGCAAUGGCAUCUACAUCAACGGGCGGGGGCACCUGGUCUGACCCAGGCCUGCCUCCUCCCCUAAGACUGGCUCCUUCUGCUGACACAGGGGAUUCCACUCAUCUUGGGGGGCCUCCUAAAAUGCCCGUAUUUCUUGAGGAAGAUGCUCCCCACCCCACCGACUGCUCGACCUUUUCCUCCAGUCUUUCUGUUCACUGGGAUGGCUUCGACAGUAGAAUCCCUCCCACCAUAAGUACAGGUCACGGUGUGAGAGUGUGUGUGUGUGUGUGUGUGUGCACACGCUUUUGUGUGCUUUUGCUUGUGUGUUCACUGAUCGUGUGUGCAUGUGUAGCGGAGUGACUUCUGUGUUAUGUAUCCUGCUGUGCUGGCUUGUGUCACGAUUAGAGUGAAUGGUGGCAUGUUGUUGCCAGAUUCCAAUGAUUGUGAGGGGAAGGCUGUCAGGGCGUGGUUUGUGUUUCGAGUGGCUGCAUGUGACCUCUGCCUGCAAAAGCAGGUAUUUUCCUCAGACCCCAGAGCAGUAUUAAUGACGCAGAGGUUGGAGGUGAGAAGUGGAGACAUUGGCCGCAUCCAGGUGUGCGGGCACAGCUGGAGCUGGAAUUUGGCCUCCUAAGUGGGGGAGCCGGGUUCCUACCACGCGAGAGCCACUGGGCGAGUGUGAAGCCACCGUCCGGGGGGGUCUGACAGAGGCUGGAACUUUACAAAGAAGCCCUGUGCCCUCUGGUGGCCUGUGGGCCUGCUGCAUGUACAUACUCAGUGUAAAAAGCCUUCGGGGAGCUUGCAGAGGACUGCUUUGCCUCCCUCAAUAAGAGCAACAACUUUUCAAGACCUUUACUUUAUCUGCACGUUUAUUCCUGGGCUUGCUUAAGCAAGGGCAGCCUAUGUAGGCGCUCAGCAGAGCUGGACCCCACCCAAACCCUCACCCCAGCCUAAGGUUGACCCCCACGGCACUGAGAGGUGCUCCCAAAGCAUCUUAAUCUAGUCAGGCCCUCGGGAGGGGGCGCUGAAAGCUGUCAGUCUCUGGGUUUAGAGGUGUGAGCCUUGUGGCUACCGGGUAAGAGGGGGCCGGGGGAGGUCCUUUAUCCUAGGACCUCUCAACUCUUCCCCUAGCCUUUUAUCUCUCUCUCUCCUCUUUUCUUUUAGUUGUGGCUAUGAUUGUGGUCCCUACAGGAGUUGCUGGAACUUGGUUGGCAAGCAGUCCUGGUUCAGUGGUGUAGGGAAGAGAGGGCACUGAUUACACAGCGAGGGAGGGUGCGUUCAGACAAGAGGAAAGAGGUGCUGGGGCGUGUCCUUCUCCUCAGGGGUUCCAGGUCAUUGAUUCAGGGCUUUUCUGGCAGUUUCUUUGGAUGAGGGCAGGAGUUAGAUGUUUAUUUUUAUUUGGCUCACCCAAAUAUUCUCAGCCAGAAUACUGAGAUUUAGUGCCCCAGUCCUUCAUAGCCUGAAAUCUGCUGGAUUUCUGGACUAAAUGAGAGACUCUCAUCCCCUGUUCCCUGGCCAAGUUGGGAAUUUGAAUGGGA